AUCCUAACACCUUCCUCUCUUCCAAUUCUAAUUCAAUUCCAUCGGUGUCUCCGAUUUUAGAGGGAGAACUUCAACUCUUUUGAGAAAAAAACGAAAAAGUCUUCUUUUUUGGUUUUAGUUAGAAUGGGAUUGAUAGUUGAGGUUGAUACCGUAGACGAGGACGCCGCCGUUUUGGUCCCGCCGCCGAACUUCUCAAUGGUGGAGGACUGCAUUUUCCGAUCCAGUUUUCCCACUCCUUCCAAUUUCCCUUUUCUCCAAACCCUAAACCUUCGAUCCAUCAUAUACUUGUGUCCAGAGCCCUAUCCAGAAGAAAAUCUGGAGUUUCUUCGAUCGCAGAACAUUCGGCUCUUUCAAUUUGGAAUUGAGGGGAAGACGGAGGCUUCUUUACCUAUUCUGAGGGAUUCAAUUAUGGAGGCUCUGAAAGUUUUAAUUGAUGUGAGAAAUCACCCAAUUUUGAUUCAUUGCAAACGAGGAAAGCAUAGAACAGGUUGCCUUGUUGGCUGCUUGAGAAAAUUGCAGAAUUGGUGCCUAUCUUCUGUGUUUGAGGAGUACCAACGAUUUGCUGGUGCUAAAUUGAGGAAUGGAGAUUUAAUCUUUAUAGAUAGGUUUGACAUUGUAAGUCUGAAGCAGUGCCUUUACAGUAUCAUCUACCAGUAUCAAGGAUAUGGUUCGAAGAAGAGACGAUUGCUGUAUACAGACCAGAACUUGCAGAAACACCAACUGGCAUCCUUUUAGUGUGUGUUUGGAUUAGCGUUUUUAGAUGGAAGUUUGUAUAAAAUUAAUUUUGCAAAAUUGAUUUUAAUUAAAAUUGAGUUGGCGGGAUUUGAAACCCUUUUCCUUUGUCUAUGAAAUGGUAGAUUUUCUAGUAGUGUCAUGGUU